AUGCAUCAAGCCGUCUCUACCGGUGAGCCCUCGAAGAAAAAGCGCAAGUCGAUCGCCGCCGCCGGCUCCGACAAUAAACCAAAGAAGACGAAGACCGCGAACGACGACAACAAUGCACCUGCGACUCCACGCCCGAGUAAUGCGACUGCCGGCUUGAGUAAUGCGACUGCAGGUCCGAGUAAGUGGCUGCCGGACCGAAUACUGCGACUGCCGGACCGAGUACUGCGACUGCCGGACCGAGUACUGCGACUGCCGGACCGAGACAAGUCAGAGAAGAAUAACGAAGCGACAUGUGGCGUCGAAGACGGUCACACCCUCGAACAGGGAGACGCCAUGGACACGUCCAAAGACGAUGACGAAGACGAAGAGCCAUCCGCGCCGCGGUGCCCUCACUCUCAUGACUGCUGCUUCAUUUGCGGUCAUAAUCUCACACUCGGAAACAAGGAACGAAAUCAGGAUGGUGGACGGUCUGAUAAGACAUAGGUAGAUGGAAAAUGUUGCCGGGUGUCAAGGUGCUGAACGUCUAUUGUCUUUCACAUUACUUCCUUUCAUAGAUUACUUUCCUGCUACCGAAAUCUUCGUGGUGUUAUGCCAACAGGAGUACGAGUAGUUUAGAGGAUCGAUUAUUGAG